AUAAGUCUUGAGGGUUGUGUAUACAUUUGAUACGCAGUGUGGCCGGUUUGUAAUUUUUCAGGGAAAUUAUUUGAUUUAAGGUUGUUGUUUUUUGAAAAAUAAGCCAAUGGAUUUCAUGAAUGUUUGAUUAAUUAAAUUUUUCAUAACUCUUGUUUCUGUAUAUCAAUUAGUGACUUUCGGUAUUUAAAUGGACCUUAUUUGUGUGAUUGCAUGGGCAAAAUAGAAAGGAUAUGACAGUGGAAGAUCCUUUUUUCGUUGUAAAAAAUGAGGUAGUGGAAGCUGUAAAUAAGACUAAAGAUUUAUAUCAGCGUUGGUGUGAACUUAAAGAUCUGAAUCUCAUUAGCAAAGAAGAAAUUGAAUGGACCACUAAUGAGCUGAGAAAUAGUUUUCGAAGUAUUGAAUGGGAUUUGGAGGAUCUUGAAGAAACAGUUUUUUAUGCUGAAAAAUCAUACCACCAGAAAACCAUGCAGUUAAUGAAAGAUAAAAUGUUUGAGACAAAGGAAAAGAAAGUAAGACAGGGUUUGCUUGGAACUGGUUAUGCUAAGUAUACACGGUUAGAAAAUGAAGUUGAAAGUCCAACUCAAAGUAACUUUAUUGAAGAUACACAACAAGCACAGCAGCUUAUAAUCGAUUCCCAAGAAGAGCAGAUUGAAAGAGUAGGAGCGACUGUUGGAACUCUAAAAUCCAUGAGUAGGCAAAUAGGAAAUGAAUUAGAUGAACAAUCUGUGAUGUUGGAUGAAUUGGGUUAUGAAAUGGAAGUUACUGAAUCAAAGUUGGAUGCAACAGUCACUAAAAUAGCUAAAGCUCUGCAUAUGACUAGUGAUAAAAGACAAUGGACAGCUAUAGGAGUGUUACUUCUAAUCAUGUUUAUAGUUAUAUUACUAUUUUUUAUUCUUUGAGGGAAACAUUCCAUCCUAAAGUAUUAGCAGUGAGUUGUACAUAUUUAUAUGCCAUCCAUAUAUUGUAUAGAAAAUGUAACAAAUGUUUUAAUUUUAUCUUUCUGCUCUUUAAUGGAUAUAUGUAAACUUGUAUGGAUUGUUGUGUAAAAUUUAAUAUUAAAGCAGCUAUUCAAAGUGUCAUUUCUGUUCAGCAUUUUCUUUUCCAUGUAUUCUGAGUCUGUAUGAAUGUGUGUGUGAACUGUAACAGAAAUUGGCAAAAUAAAUCAGUAUGACAUUAUA